AUGCCUCCUCGAAUGCGCUCCUCCAAAUUCUCUUCCCUCCCCCGGCCUUCUCCCAGCCAAUCCUCCACACGACCACAAUCCAUCACACAAAGCGCACAGCCAUCGCGUCAGUUCUCACAAACACCAUGCCAGCAAGUCACAUUACGGCGGCGGAAGUUUUAUGAGUGGCUCAAUGGGCCAGGACGACAGCUGAAGGAACCUAUACCCAAGUCUACCAAUUACCUCGGAGCCUACGACCGGUACGGCAACUUGGUUCGUGCGGGGCCAUGGUACCAGCGAGGAGCAGCAAAACCACAAGAAGAAGGCCAGACGAAGCUGACCGAGACGACCAACGAAGCGGCAGCGUCGACAGACGAGGCCAAGACCCCAGAGGGGCAAGAGUCAUUAGAUGAAUUGGAGUCGGCUGCACGACAGGCUGACAAGAAGAAGGCGGAUGCCGCAGGAAAGCAAGACAACUCGCGGUUACCGCCGGAAACUGCAGAGGACCUUCGACCGUUUCCCCUGAACCAGUAUUUCCGCAGUCAGCCUGUGUUGAGCGAAGACUUGCGGGAAGCCAUCUACCAGCGCGUAAAGCGUGACGGUGCCACAGUGUCGCUUGCUAGUGUGGAGUUUGGUGUCAGCAACGAGCGUGUCGGCGCUGUUGUACGACUCAAGCAGAUGGAGAAGGAAUGGGUUGCACAGGGUAAAACCUUGGCCGUUCCUUACUCGAAGGCAGUUCUCAACAUGCUGCCCACAACGCCACACAUCGACACAUCAGACCCCAAGAACAAGGGCAUGCGGCCCGUUAUCCACGAGCCCAUCAAUGAUUUGAUCGUGCACCCUGCGACCCGUCAGCAGCUGUGGGUUCCCGUCGCCGAAUCCAGGCACUUCACCCGGGAGGAUGCCGGUAAGGCCUUUGAUAACAACCUCCUUCCUGCUGAUGAGCGCAUUCCUCAUCCAGAGCUAGUCAAGGCUGAACGCGAGCUCGCGUCGGGUCUGAGCUUCGAGGAGCGACGAAAGCUCGCCGAGGAGCGCUUCGUUGCGCAGAGUGCGCAGAAGAAGCGCGAAGAGGAGGCGAAGCAAGCCGAGAUGCGUGCACAGAAGGUUGUUCCCCAGAGGAGGUGGGACUUUGUGUUUAAGGACAUAAGUGUUGAGAGCGCUGGACGCAACGGAAGGGACGCCAGGGGUGUCGGGUGGAGAUAUGGACUCCCCCACCAGGACCGCAAGAAGGGACAAGUCAAGAUCCCAACCAAGGUCGAAGCGUAA